AUGGUCUACGGUCGACUGCCGUUGCGUGAUAUCUUCCCCGCCCAUCAUGCGAUCAAACUGGAGAUACCAGAGCGGAUGGACAACGGGUUAUUCUCUUACCUGCUCGCCAGGCCGGCAACUGCUGGCAAAGUCUGUUUCGUGGAGCAUUGCUCCAUGUUGACCGCUUCACAGACAGACCGCCGGGUCACCGUGAAUUGGAAACCGUCGACCAUCGAACUUGGCGGCCGGUCUACAUGUGCGGACCGCAGCGAGGAACGGACCACAUGUGGAGGCUGUUCGGGCCGUAUCCCGGACCGCUCACUCCAUCUUUGCCAUGCUUCAGUCUUGAAGCGAUACUGGGCGAACCUCGAAGCCCGGGCGCUCAUGAACAGUCAUGGACUGGAUAUUUCAGCAUUCACAGCGAGGCACGUGAUUCAAUUUGGUCUCCAUGGAGUACCUUUGAAUGAUGAGCGGCUCACAUGUUCUGCUUACACCUUCCAUUCUCGCCCCGGUCACCCGACAUUACAGACUGGCCCCGGGGUCUUCCACCUUCCAAUCCGCGGCCCGUUGGUAACGGUCCGGGGCAGGCUUGUCCAUGGACACCGGUUGCCGCGAGGGUCCGCCAAGUACACCGUAGGUUUAUAG